AUGGCAAGGGAUCGAAGUUCUAUAUUCAGUUUUCAAUAUAUCUGCUACAUCGUUAUCAUCCUUCCCAUAUGCUCUGUCAUCUUAUUUCUCUCUUGGAGUCAUUGUUGCAGCCAGUGCUAUUCACCAUACCAAGUAAUAGUACAAAAGCAAAACCAACCAAUCAACCUCCUUGCACAUCCUUUUGCAUGGAACAAUCUUAUCUUUUCCUCAGACCCACCUUCAAAAUUCCUUAAGAUUGCACUUUUUGUCAAGAAAUGGCCACAGAGAUCUCACGCAGGGGGGCUUGAACGCCAUGCUCUGACACUCCACCUUGCCCUUGCCAAAAGAGGCCAUGAUCUUCACAUAUUCACCACUUCCACAAACUCCUCUUUCUCUAACUAUUCAAUAAACAACUUACAUUUUCACUUCUCCAAACCAACACCUGGUGGUUACCUUGACCAAGCUAUAGUUUGGGAGCAAUUUCAAGCACAAAACUCAACUAAUAAACCAUUUGACAUUGUUCACACUGAAAGUGUUGGUCUUAGGUACACUCGAUCUCGAUAUGUUACUAAUUUAGCUGUCACUUGGCAUGGGAUUGCAUACGAGACCAUUCACUCUGACAUCAUUCAAGAACUUUUAAGAAGCCCCCAGGAACAGCAGAAUAAUGCAUUGACUGAAAGAGCUAGGAAGGUUGUUGAAGAGAUUAAGUUCUUUCCAAAUUAUGCCCAUCAUGUUGCCACUAGUGAUCAUGCUGGAGAAAUCCUAAAGAGGGUCUACAUGAUUCCAGAAGAAAGGGUUCAUAUUAUUCUCAAUGGUGUGGAUCAACAGGUUUUCAAGCCAGAUAUUUCUAAGGGGAAGGGAUUUAGGAAGAGGCACAACAUUCCGGAUUCUAAAUCAUUAGUGAUAGGACUAGCAGGGAGGUUGGUUAAGGACAAGGGACAUCCAUUGAUGUUUGAAGCUUUGAAGCAGAUAAUUGCAGAAAAUAGCACAUUCCAAGAAAGUAGCAUGGUUCUGGUAGCUGGAGAUGGUCCUUGGGCUGCAAGAUAUAGAGAUCUUGGGACAAAUAUAUUGGUUUUGGGGCCCCUGGAACAAGCUGAACUUGCCUCUUUUUAUAAUGCUAUUGAUAUUUUUGUGAACCCCACUUUACGAGCACAAGGUUUGGAUCACACUCUGCUAGAAGCUAUGCUGAGUGGCAAGCCAGUAAUGGCUACUAGGCUUGCAAGCAUUGUAGGAUCUGUAAUUGCUGGCUCUGAAAUGGGUUAUACAUUUUCACCAACAGUGACUGCUCUAAAGGAGGCCUUAUAUGAAUUAUGGAUUGGUGGCAAGGGCGUUCUAGACAAGAAAGGUCAAGUUGCUCGGCAAAGAGGUUUGCAAUUGUUCACUGCCACUAAGAUGGUGGCUGCUUAUGAGCGACUUUUUCUUUGCGUAUCAAGUGCAAAUCAUGAGGACCAUUUCUGUGAAUACCAACCAUCGGGUAAUUAA